GUACAAUAGGAAAUGACGCGAUCGUUCUGUUGGUUCUGGAAGAUGGCGCGAGCGAGUAAGAGUGCUGUAGUCUUGUGCUGGGAUGUGGGCUGCACAACAAACAACAUGGCUCUGGAUGAGGAUAGUGCAUUUGAACAAGCAAAGAAAGUUGUGCUGAUGUUUGUUCAACGUCAGGUAUUUGCUGAGAGUAAAGAUGAGACUGCUUUAGUCCUAUUUGGGACUGAUCGAACCUUUAACCCCCUUGCUACAUCAGACCAAUACCAGAACAUUGUUGUCCAAAGAAACCUGAUGAUUCCUGACUUUGAUUUCCUGGAAGACAUCCAGAACGGCAUCAAGACAGGUCACCAUCAAGCUGAUUUUCUGGAUGCCCUGAUUGUCUGCAUGGACUUGCUUCAAAAACAAACCAUGGGAAAGAAGUAUGACAAGUUACAUAUUGCAGUAUUCACCGAUCUGAACAGUCCUUUCAGUUCCGACCAGUUUGAUGCCAUAAUAAGUAGCAUGAAGAAAUUUGGAAUCACACUGCAGUUCUUCUUGCCAUUCCCGCUGAACAGCUCCUCCAGCACUGGAGAUGGUGGAGAUGCCGCAGAAAGACAGUGGAAAACGUCACCAAGGAAAGAGCUCACUGCACAACAGAAAGAGGGAAUGCGAAUGGUCAAGAAGGUGAUGCUGUCCUUGGAUGAAGUGGGUGGUUUAGAUGAAAUCUUCACUUUCAGAGAAAGUGUGGAACGGCUAUCCAUAUUUAAGAAAAUCGAAAGGAAGCCCAUGGCGUGGCCAUGUCAGCUCACCAUCGGCUCUGGAAUAACCAUCAACAUCGUGGGCUACAAGGCAAUGACUGAAGAGAAGGUAAAGAAAAGCUGGAUGUCUGUUGAUGCCAAGACUCUGCGGAAGGAGGAUGUGAGGAGGGAGACCGUUUACUGCUUAAAUGAUGACAAUGAGACUGAAGUUUCAAAGGAAGACACUAUUCAAGGUUUUCGCUAUGGUAGUGAUAUUAUCCCAUUUUCACAAGUAGAUCAGGAACAGAUGAAGUACAAAACAGAUGGGAAAUGCUUCAGUGUUCUUGGAUUUACCAAAUCUGCACAGGUUCUGCAUCAUUAUUUUGUCGGACGGCAGGUGCUGCAGGUGUUUGCUGCAAAGGAUGAUGAGCAUGCUGCUGUGGCACUAUCUGCAUUGAUCCAUGCAUUGCAAGAGCUGGAUAUGAUGGCGAUAGUCCGUUACAUUUAUGACCGGAGAUCAAACCCACAAGUUGGAGUGGCUUUUCCUAUGAUUAAAGAAAAAUAUGAGUGUUUGGUUUACAUCCAACUUCCAUUCAUGGAGGAUCUCCGACAAUUUACUUUCACUUCUCUGAAGAACAGUAAGAGAGGAACAGCUUCAGAAGAACAGUUAUCAGCCGUGGAUGCUCUGAUUGACUCUAUGAGUUUGGUGGUGGAUGAUGGUGAAGAAAUAGAGGAUCUCUUCAAAGUCAGUAAAAUUCCCAAUCCGCAUUUUCAGCGGUUGUUUCAGUGUCUUCAUUUCAAAGCAUUUCAACCAGAUAAACCACUGCCUCCCAUAGAUCCUCAUUUGAAGGCAAUGUUGGACAGGCCCCAGGAACUGAAUGCUUCCUACAAACCAUCUAUGGAGCAAUUAAAGAAGCUUUUCACUCUGCAAGACUCAGGCAAAAAGAAGGAACAAAAGAUUGCACAGCAGAUUUUCAAAGACAACGAUACAGAAGAAGUGGCGUCAAAGAGAGGAAGGACUGAUGAGGAUUUCAAUAUUGUUACACUGGCUGAGGGAAAUGUGACUGCUGUUGGCAGCCUCACUCCAGCAAAGGACUUCCAGACUCUGGUCCGUCAAAAAAAUUCAAACUUCAGAGAAGUAACCAAUCAGCUGAUGGAACGUGUCUACCAGUUCCUGGAAGUCAAGAACCGAGAGUAUUACAUGAAAAGCAUGGAUUGUAUCAAAAUCUGCAGGGAAGAGGCUGGCAAGGCUGGAGAAUCCAAAUUCUUCAACAUGUUACUGAAAACCCUUAAAGCUAAUGUGGAGGCAAAGGGACUACAAGACUUCUGGGAAUUGAUUGUGCAAGACUCUAUUACUCUUAUCACAAAGGAUGAAGCUGCAGACAGCACAGUGAAUAAUGAUGAAGCCAAACAGUUCCUAGCAGCUGAGGAGAAACCCAUGGAAACAUCAGCGGUGCCUGAGGAUGACGGAGAUGUUGAUGAUCUGCUUGACAUGAUGUAAGCUGAACCUUCCCGAAUGGAGGAAUGUAGACGGUGAUUGUGGGAAGAAGAUGGACAAGUCAUCGGUUUGUGCUUUGUCGAUAGUCUGCUAAAAUAUUCAGGAAGGUCUUUUGUAUGAUGAUUUUAUUAGAUUAACAUUGUUCUUACACUCAUUCCACCACUGUCUGCAAGUGCUCAGAUGGCUCUUUACUCAUCAAUCUGAAAUGACAAAUAAAAGCUAGCUUUGAAUGAUUACCAUGAUUACAAA